CUUGGAGAGUGGGCGGGGCAAGGCUAGGCUCGCGCGCUGCCUGCUACUACGCAGGCGUCCUCAGGAGCCGGCUCUUUUUCUGUACUAAUUCAGCGCCCCCUCAGGAGGCCAGGUGGGGCCCCUCCCCGGGCCUUCUGCAGGGUCUCUGCGGCACGGCCAGCCAGCAUGGGCAGCAGCAGCAGGAUAGAGUGCAUCUUCUUCAGCGAAUUCCACCCCACGCUGGGCCCCAAAAUCACCUAUCAGGUCCCCGAAGAUUUCAUCUCCAGGGAGCUGUUUGACACGGUGCAGGUGUACGUCAUCACCAAACCCGAGCUGCAGAACAAGCUGAUCACCGUGACAGCCAUGGAGAAGAAGCUGAUUGGCUGCCCUGUGUGCAUCGAGCAUAAGAAGUACAGUCGCAAUGCACUGCUCUUCAACCUGGGCUUCGUGUGUGAUGCUCGAGCCAAGACCUGCGCCCUGGAGCCCAUUGUUAAGAAGCUAGCCGGUUAUCUCACCACGCUGGAGCUGGAGAGCAGCUUUGUGUCCACAGAGGAGAGUAAACAGAAGUUAGUGCCCAUCAUGACCAUCCUCCUGGAGGAACUCAAUGCCACGGGCAGAUGCACUCUACCCAUAGAUGAAUCUAAUACCAUCCACCUGAAGGUCAUUGAGCAGCGGCCUGACCCCCCUAUCGCCCAGGAGUAUGAUGUCCCCGUUUUUACCAAGGACAAGGAUGAGUUCUUCAACUCUCAGUGGGACCUCACCACGCAGCAAAUAUUGCCCUACAUCGAUGGUUUUCGACAUAUUCAGAAAAUUUCUGCUGAGGCUGAUGUCGAGCUCAACCUUGUACGGAUCGCCAUCCAGAACCUGCUGUACUAUGGGGUGGUGACCCUGGUAUCCAUCCUUCAGUAUUCCAACGUGUACUGCCCCACGCCCAAAGUUCAGGACCUGGUGGAUGAUAAGUCACUCCAGGAGGAAUGCCUGGCCUAUGUCACCAAACAAGGGCACCAACGAGCCAGCCUGAGAGACGUCUUUCAGCUCUACUGCGGCUUCAGCCCCGGCACUACUGUCCGAGACCUCAUCGGCCGCUACACCCAGCAGCUGCAGCACGUGGACGAGAGGAAGCUGAUUCAGUUUGGGCUCAUGAAAAACCUGAUGAGGCGGCUGCAGAAGUACCCCGUGCGCAUCACGGCCGAGGAGCGCAGCCACCCCGCCCGCCUCUACACGGGCUGCCACAGCUACGACGAGAUCUGCUGCAAGACUGGAAUGAGCUACCGGGAGCUGGACGAGCGCCUGGACAACGACCCCAACAUCAUCGUGUGCUGGAAGUGAAAUCCCUGCGGACGGGCGCCGCAGCAGCCCGCACCCCCCACAGCCUGCGUGGGAGCCUCGGGGGCUUCGGGACUCUCGGCCGGGCUGGGUCAAUAAAGCGUCUUUUCUGUC